AUGAAGGGGCUGCAGCUACUGUUGAAGUUGCUGCUGGUGGCCAGCACUCUGGGCACACAAGGGCAGCGCCAGGUCUACUUCCGUGAGGAGUUUGAAGAUGGAGAUGGAUGGAAAAAACGAUGGGUAGAAUCUAAACAUCAGCCAGAUUAUGGUAAAUUUCAACUCGCUGCAGGAAAAUUUUAUGGAGACAAAGAAAAAGAUAAAGGUCUCCAGACCAGUGAAGAUGCCAAGUUUUAUGCCCUUUCAGCCAGGUUUACACCAUUCAGCAAUGUGAAUGAGACCUUGGUGGUUCAGUUUUCAGUAAAACACGAGCAAGGCAUCGAUUGUGGUGGUGGGUAUGUGAAACUCUUUCCUGCCACCCUGAACCAGGAAGAUAUGCACUCGGAGUCCAAGUAUUACAUCAUGUUUGGCCCUGAUAUCUGUGGCUUUGGAAACAAUGAAGUAAAAAUAAUCUUUCAUCACCAAGAAAAAUACCAUGUGAACAACAGGACCAUCAAGUGCAAGAUCAAUAAAGACACUCAUCUGUAUACGCUGAUCCUUCGCCCUAAUGCUACAUAUGGGGUCAAAAUUGACAAUGAGCUUGUGAUAUCUGGGGAACUAGAGGAUGACUGGGACUUCCUGCCUCCCAGGAAAAUAAAAGAUCCCUAUGCCCGGAAACCAAGGAAAUGGGAUGAACGUCCACAAAUAGAGGAUCCUGAAGAUAAGAAACCUGAGGACUGGGAAGACUUUGAAUUCAUCCCAGACCCAGAAGCUAAGAAGCCCGAUGACUGGAAUGAGGCAAUGGAUGGGGAAUGGGAAGAGCCCCUCAUACCAAACUUGAAGUAUAAGGGACAAUGGAAACCCCGAAUUAUUGAUAAUCCCAAUUACCAAGGGGAAUGGGUCCAUCCGGAAAUAGACAACCCUAAAUAUAAGCCAGACCCUACCAUUUGUCACUAUUAUAACAUCAGUGUUCUUGGCCUGGAUCUUUGGCAGGUAAAAUCAGGCAGCAUCUUUGACAAUUUCCUUCUUACAAAUGAUGAAGAAUUUGCUGAAGAAGUUGGAAAUAAUACCUGGGGGUUAAGAAAGGACAGAGAAAAGCAGUGGAGAGAAGUGUAUGAAGAAAUACAAAAGAAGAAGCAGGCAGAAGAGGCUAAGAAGAAAAGGGAAAAGGAGAAGGAAAGAGAAGAUGACAUCUGGGGACUUGAUGAAGAGGACAGUGAAGAGGAUCUUGAGGAGGAACAAGAAAAUGACGGACAGAUGCCGGAAGAUGGUGCUGCAAGAAGGGCUAGCCUUGAGCAA